AUGCGAUCUCUUAGCACCAUCCGGAGUUAUCCUAAUGCUAUUAAACCGUCCACAAUUGAGAUACAAAAUGGCCAGCUUGGCCCGAAAAAUCUUGAGAUAGCAAUCAGAAGUCUCUAUCACGAUGGCUUGGUUGUGGUCAACGAUGUUGUGCCCCAUGACAUGCUCGAUCGUCUGAACGAGAAGAUGAUUCAAGAUGCACACACCCUUUUUGCACGCAAAGAGAACAGUCCCUUCAACUACAACCCAAACAAUAUCCAGCAAGACGCCCCUCCAAUGUUAAAAUACUUCGAGUCCCAGAUUUUCAUGAAUUCGAUCGCAAUCCAAAUCACAUCAACCGCACUGGGUCCCCGACCAAAAUGGACAUUCUGUUCCGGAAACACGGCCAUGCCUCCUACUCCAGAAUAUCCACCUGCUUCACAGCCUGUGCACUCUGAUGCGGACUUUCAACACCCUGAUCACCCAUUCGCUCUGGUCAUCAAUGUCCCACUGAUCACCAUGACACCUGAGAACGGCUCCACAGAAAUAUGGCUUGGAACGCACCGCGAUACCGGCCUCAAUGUCCAGGAGGGUCUCCAUGGCGAGCGUGCAAGCGGACGUAUCAAGGCUGAAAAUUUGGAGAAACAGCGUGCUCUCCGACCACCCUGUCAGCCUGUGGUUCCGAAAGGCUCAAUCGUUAUCCGCGAUUUGCGACUUUGGCAUGCGGGUAUUGGAAAUCGGACAGAAGAUGUGCGCGUUAUGCUAGCAAUGAUUCAUUUCGCGUCGUGGUAUCGGAAUCCAAUGAAGUUGCAAUUCUGCGACGACAUAAAGCCACUUGUGGACAGUCAAACGGAUCUCGAAAUUCCAGUCGACUGGGAAUCAGAGGGGAAUGUCACUCAGCAGUAUCUGAAUAGGGCCUUUGGGAACGCAUAUGACUUUAGCCAAGGCCGCCAAUAG